ACUACUCCACGUUUUCACAUUCUUUGUUUUCUCUCUUAAUUCUUGUUCUUAUAUAUAAACCUCUCUCAUUGAAUUCUCACACAUGACACACCCCACAACUUUGCACCUAAACACAUGAUUCUUGUUCUGCCUUCUCCUAUUUCUCCAUCUUGAUUUCCCUUUUCUCUGAAUUGGCAUUCAGUUUCUGCAACCCUUUAUCGUUUCAUGACCAAUCAUUAGCCAAAGCUUGGAACUUGUGACCAAUGUCAUCUUCAAGUCUCUUCUUUUAUCUGUUUCUUGCAGUUCUUGCUGCAGAAACUACCUUUUGCUUUUCUUCUAAGGUUUAUGUAGUGUACAUGGGAAGCAAAACUGGGCAAGAACCAGAGGAUGUUCUAAAGCAACACCAUCAAAUGCUUGCUGCUGUUCAUGAAGGAAGUUUUGAGAAAGCACAAGCUUCUCAUAUUUAUAGCUACAAACAUGGUUUCAGAGGCUUUGCAGCCAAGUUGACUCAAGAACAAGCUUCACAAAUUUCAAGUAUGCAACUGAAUUUCUUCUUUCUUUUUGAAACUAUAAGAAUUUCUAACAUACAAAUCAAUGGCUUCUUGCUGUUAACAACUCUCUUAUGUUCAAAAUUAUGGCCAGGAAUGUCUGGAGUUGUUUCAGUUUUUCCCAAUUAUAAGAGAAAACUUCACACCACUCAUUCAUGGGACUUUAUGGGACUUGAGAAGGAUGAAACCAUGGAGAUUCUAGGACAAUCCACAAAGAACCAAGCCAAUAUCAUCGUUGGUUUCAUUGAUACCGGAAUUUGGCCUGAAUCACCAAGCUUUAGAGACACCGACAUGCCAGCAGUGCCACCAAGUUGGAGGGGCCAUUGUCAAUUAGGAGAAACAUUCAAUGCAUCUUCUUGUAACAGGAAAGUGAUAGGAGCAAGAUAUUAUAUGAGUGGAUUUGAAGCAGAAGAAGGGUCAGACAAGAAGGUCUCUUUCAGGUCCCCAAGGGAUAGCACUGGACAUGGGAGCCAUACGGCCUCCACGGCGGCCGGCCGCUAUGUGUCGAACAUGAGUUACAAGGGGCUGGCAGCUGGAGGAGCCAGGGGAGGUGCACCUAUGGCUAGAAUUGCUGUUUACAAAACUUGCUGGGAUUCAGGUUGCUAUGAUGUGGACUUGCUAGCUGCCUUUGAUGAUGCCAUAAGAGAUGGUGUUCACAUUAUAUCAUUGUCUCUGGGUCCUGAAGCCCCUCAAGGAGAGUAUUUCAAUGAUGCCAUAUCAGUGGGGUCCUUUCAUGCUGCUAGGCAUGGAGUUCUAGUGGUGGCAUCAGCUGGGAAUGAAGGAACUCCUGGUUCUGCUACUAACCUUGCACCUUGGAUUUUCACUGUUGCUGCUAGCUCCACUGAUAGGGACUUCACCUCUGAUGUUGUACUAGGAAAUGGUGUCAACAUCUCGGGUGAAAGUCUCAGCAUCUUAGAAAUGAAUGCCUCCAAAAGAAUAAUAUCUGCAGCAGAUGCCUUUGAUGGAUAUUUUACUCCUUAUCAAUCCAGUUACUGUGUAGAUAGCUCCCUGAAUAAGACCAAGGCCAGAGGGAAGGUUCUGGUGUGUAGACAUAUAGAGAGUUCAUCAGAAUCAAAGUUGGCCAAAAGUAGGGUAGUGAAAGAGGCAGGUGGUGUUGGAAUGAUACUCAUUGAUGAGACAGAUAAAGAUGUUGCCAUACCAUUUGUGAUUCCUUCAGCUAUUGUUGGAAGUAGAACAGGCGAACAUAUUCUAUCAUACAUCAAUAGAACAAGAAAGCCUAUGGCGAGGAUAUUUGCAGCCAAGACAGUUCUAGGAACUCGACCUGCACCCCGAACAGCGGCAUUCUCUUCUAAAGGCCCCAAUUCCUUAAACCCAGAAAUCUUGAAGCCUGAUAUUACAGCUCCCGGAUUAAACAUUCUCGCAGCAUGGUCUCCGGCAGCCGUUGGAAAAAUGAAGUUCAAUAUUAUAUCAGGAACUUCUAUGUCUUGUCCGCAUGUAUCUGGAAUUGCAGCAUUAGUCAAAGCUGUCCAUCCUUCAUGGUCGCCAUCUGCUAUCAAAUCUGCUAUCAUGACAACUGCUACUAUUCUGGAUAAGCAGCACAAACCCAUUAGAAGGGACCCUGAUGGAAGAAGAGCCAAUGCAUUUGACUAUGGAUCAGGGUUUGUGAACCCCACAAGAGUUCUAGAUCCUGGCCUUGUCUAUGAUUCACAGCCAGAAGACUAUAUUGACUUCCUCUGUUCAAUUGGUUAUGAUAAGAGGUCACUCCAUCUUGUUACAGGAGACAACAGCACAUGUGAUGGGGCAUUCAAGAAACCAUCCAGCCUCAACUAUCCAUCUAUUGCAGUGCCUAAUCUUGAAGACAACUUUUCAGUAACACGUGUUGUCACCAAUGUUGGAGAAGCAAGAAGUGUAUAUAAAUCUGUAGUGGUUUCUCCUGCUGGAGUUAAUGUCACUGUUGUGCCAGACAGGUUAAUCUUCGGAAGAAUUGGACAGAAAAUCAAGUUCACAUUGAAUUUCAAAGUGGCUGCUCCUUCAAAGGGCUACACAUUUGGGUUCUUGUCAUGGAAGAAUGGCAGGUCUCAGGUCACAACUCCUAUAGUUGUCCGGGCUUCAUCAUCAGGCUUUGGGUUGGUCAGAUAACAGUGUUUGUAAAUAACUACAUUAGCUUAGGAGCUGUGAGAAUAUUGCAGUCACUAUAUGCCUAUCACAACCAAUUCUUCUAAAAAUCCCUGAUGCAGUCUAGAAGAUCACUGCCAAACAUAUGCUAUAGUUAUAUGCUCAGUGUAGCAAAUAUUACCAAAACACAGAAUUUGAAGAAAUUAUAUCCAGGAGUCCUGAAAUUUCUCUGAUUUAUUUUCAAUAUAGGUUCUUCAGCACUUUCCA